GUCAGAGGUGAACUUGGACCGGAAACAUCAAGGAUAGAAAAAGGUUAUUCAGUGGCCCCUCUGGUAGCAGAGACCCCCAAAACCUCACUUCAGUUUCUCUCAGACUGACCAUGAGUGGGGCAGCGUUGGGAAUCGAUGUUGUGGUGGUGUUCUUCCUGGCUCUCCUGGUUCUGUAUCGAUAUGCUGACUUCAGGAAGCAGCACAAGUUGGUGAUUGUGGCCACAGUGUUAGCCUGGUAUCUCUGCUUCCUCAUUGUCAUCAUCCUGCCUCUGGAUGUCACCAUGACCAUUUACAGACAGUGUGAAGUCGAUAACAUCAGGAUAUCACCCAGCAGCGCCCCAAACUCCAGCAAGGUAUUCACAGCCAACAAGACUAACUCCUCCCACAGUGUGCCCGAUAUCCCAGUGCUGCAGCAAUGUUUCAAGCCUUGGAGUUACAUCCCGGAUGGAAUUCUGCCUGUUUUCUGGAGAGUUGUCUACUGGACAUCACAGUUUUUGACCUGGAUCUUACUGCCUUUUAUGCAGUCCUACGCUCGUUCAGGUGACUUCUCUAUUACGGGAAAGAUUAAGACUGCACUGUUUGAAAAUGCCAUCUACUACGGCACUUACCUGCUGAUUUUCGGAGCUCUUCUCAUCUACGUGGCUGUCCAUCCUGGGCUGAGGCUUGACUGGGACAAACUCCAAACCAUUGGCAUCACUGCGGCUAACACGUGGGGGCUGUUUCUGCUGGUGCUGCUGCUGGGGUACGGCCUGGUGGAAAUCCCACGCUCUUAUUGGAAUGCAGCCCGACGUGGUUAUCUCCUCACCAAGACCCAGUUCAAAGUGGCAAAGUUGAUGACCGAGAAAGCAGAUGCUGACGAGACCCUCGAGGAUGUGAUGGAGGAGGUCAGGAAGCUUAACGAAACAGUGAAAUAUAACCAUCCCUUCAGAAAGUACAUCGACACCAUCCUCCGAAAGUGUCCCACUGAGUACCAGGAGAGAAUGGGCAGGAACAUGGAUGACUAUGAAGACUUUGACCAGAACAGCAACAGCCUCCCAAGUGAGAAGAGUCUGGUCAGACUCCACAAACAGGUGAUCUACGUGGUUCAGAGGCAGCAGCGAACUCGAGUCCAGUGGAAGAUGUUGUUGGAAGAAGCCUUUCACCUGGAGGAUGUGGCCAAGAAUGAAACCAGCAGCACUCACCAGUUUGUUCGUGGUUUCCAGAGCCAGGAGCCCAGGAGCUGGAUCAGCCAUUACCUGUAUACCCCUAGUGUAGAGUGGUACUGGGAGUGCUUGCUGCGGAGUUGGUGUUAUCGGAUUCUGGCUGUGGUUCUCUCGCUCUUCUCAAUAAUCGUCGUCUGGUCCGAAUGCACUUUCUUUAGCACCAAACCCGUCCUCUCACUCUUUGCUAUCUUCAUCCAGGUGGCUGAGAAAACCUACAACUAUCUCUACAUCGAGCUCGCCUGUUUCAUGAGUAUCUUCUUCCUGAGUAACUGCAUCUACUCCACUGUCUUCAGGAUUCGUAUUUUUAAUUACUACUACCUGGCUCCACACCACCAGACCGAUGCCUAUAGUCUACUCUUCAGUGGAAUGUUGUUCUGCCGUCUGACACCACCGUUAUGUCUGAAUUUCUUGGGACUGAUCCACAUGGAUUCCGCAAUUUCCCAUCAGAACAGAGAGCAGACUGCUUACACCUCGAUAAUGGGCUCGAUGCGGGUGAUAUCCUUCAUUGCUGAUGGAUUCUAUAUUUAUUACCCGAUGCUGGUUGUGAUCCUCUGCAUUGCUACCUACUUCAGCCUGGGUACACGCUGCCUGAAUCUCCUUGGCUUCCAACAAUUUAUGGGAGAUAAUGAAAUGACAUCUGACCUUGUGGAUGAAGGAAAAGAGCUAAUUAAAAGAGAGAAAAGGAAACGGCAGCGACUUGAAGAUGGGGAGAAUCGGCGAAGGGAAUGGAAAGAACGCUAUGGAAACCAGAAAGAGGAUUUCACGCGGAACAGGGGCUCUCAUGCUGAAAUACCUAGUUCAUUGCAUGCAACUAAGCGGGGUACCAGCCAAGCGGAAGGUAUUUGUCGAUGUCCCGCAGCCGGAUCUUUGAUGAUAUCUGAAUGUACACAAAGGGUCAGUUCCACAGAUUUGCAUCUGCUUGAGUAUAAUCCACUAUCUACACUCAGCCACAGCUGGGGAUGGAGGUUUUGUUGGGAAGGGAAGAGCAGAUCAGGCCCUUCCCAAGUACUACAGUGACUGGACUUACUUCAAAAUUACUUUAUUGGUUGUAAAAAUGCUUUGGGAUAUCUUGAUGUCAUGGAGGGUUCUUUCAUCCCUUCCUUCCAGUUAUACUGUUCACUGCAAGAGUAAAACUGAUAGCUGUGUGCUGAUAUUUCCAUUUUGUGCAUGGAGUGUGGGCCUAGGUUCAGGAGUACAUUUUUCAGAGACUCUUCUUUCCGGUUAAUUUUGCUCUUGCACUUUUCUGCCCUUGGAAUGAAGGAUGCAUUUUGGGCUAGUAAUCAGAUUUCUGUAUUCACAUCUCGGUGUAAAAAAAAUCAUUGUAAUUUAUUGGGUGUAUUUAAUAA